UCUUACAUUUUGCCUUCUUCUAACUGGAAAACAGAGAGACUGGCAUUUUUUUUAAACGGGCUCUUCCCAUAAUGGCAUUCUUGUAUUGUGUGGCCAGAGCUUGCACAGGAGGAAAGCAGACUGCCGAAUUUAGUCACUGAUCUCUAUUAGCUGUGGCCUAAGGCUAUGCUGAGGUUUAUAUCCCAUUUGUAUUGUUGCAGCUCAAAAGAAGAAUGUUCAGAGGAUGACAAGUGUAUUCUGAGUAGAUCUCUAGUGGAAGAGGAAGACCAACACAUGAAAUUGUCCCUUGGAAGCAGCGAAAUGGGUCUCUCCUCCCAUUUGCAGUCUUCCAAGGCGGGAACCACACGCAUCUUUACCAGCAAUACCCACAGUUCUGUGGUGUUACAGGGGUUUGACCAGCUCCGACUUGAAGGGUUGCUCUGUGACGUGACCCUGAUGCCAGGGGACACAGAUGACGCCUUCCCUGUGCACAGAGUCAUGAUGGCCUCUGCUAGUGAUUACUUCAAGGCUAUGUUCACAGGUGGAAUGAAAGAACAAGAUUUAAUGUGCAUUAAGCUUCAUGGCGUGAGCAAAGUCGGUUUAAGGAAAAUUAUUGAUUUCAUUUACACUGCAAAGCUUUCUCUUAAUAUGGACAACCUUCAAGACACACUGGAAGCUGCCAGUUUUCUACAGAUUCUGCCGGUUUUGGACUUCUGCAAAGUAUUUCUCAUAUCUGGGGUCACUUUAGACAAUUGUGUCGAAGUUGGGCGGAUUGCCAACACCUACAAUCUGACAGAAGUGGAUAAAUACGUUAACAGUUUCGUCUUGAAGAAUUUUCCCGCAUUGCUGAGCACCGGGGAGUUCUUGAAACUCCCUUUUGAACGUCUUGCCUUUGUGCUUUCCAGUAAUAGCCUUAAGCACUGCACUGAACUUGAGCUCUUUAAGGCUACCUGUCGCUGGCUACGCCUAGAAGAGCCUCGGAUGGACUUUGCUGCAAAAUUAAUGAAGAACAUACGAUUUCCACUGAUGACACCACAGGAGCUCAUUAAUUACGUGCAAACCGUGGAUUUCAUGAGAACUGACAACACGUGUGUGAAUCUCCUUUUGGAAGCCAGCAAUUACCAAAUGAUGCCAUAUAUGCAGCCAGUGAUGCAGUCAGACAGGACUGCCAUUCGGUCUGACACCACUCAUUUGGUUACACUAGGAGGAGUGCUGAGGCAGCAGCUGGUUGUCAGCAAGGAAUUGCGCAUGUAUGAUGAAAAGGCUCACGAGUGGAAGUCCUUAGCCCCCAUGGAUGCCCCAAGGUACCAGCAUGGCAUUGCCGUCAUUGGAAAUUUCCUGUACGUCGUUGGUGGACAGAGUAAUUAUGACACAAAAGGAAAAACGGCAGUUGAUACAGUCUUCAGAUUUGAUCCUCGAUACAAUAAGUGGAUGCAAGUUGCAUCUUUAAAUGAAAAGCGCACCUUCUUCCACCUAAGUGCCCUCAAAGGAUACCUGUAUGCAGUUGGUGGGCGAAAUGCAGCUGGUGAACUGCCUACAGUAGAAUGUUACAAUCCAAGAACAAAUGAAUGGACCUACGUUGCCAAAAUGAGUGAGCCCCACUAUGGCCAUGCUGGAACUGUGUAUGGAGGCGUAAUGUAUAUUUCAGGAGGAAUUACUCAUGACACUUUCCAAAAGGAGCUCAUGUGCUUUGACCCUGAUACUGACAAAUGGAUCCAGAAGGCGCCAAUGACCACUGUCAGAGGUCUGCACUGCAUGUGUACAGUGGGAGAAAGGCUGUAUGUCAUUGGUGGCAAUCACUUCAGAGGAACAAGCGAUUAUGAUGAUGUCCUAAGCUGUGAAUACUACUCACCGAUCCUUGACCAGUGGACCCCAAUUGCUGCCAUGUUAAGAGGGCAGAGUGAUGUUGGGGUCGCUGUCUUUGAAAAUAAAAUCUACGUGGUUGGUGGGUAUUCAUGGAAUAAUCGUUGUAUGGUAGAGAUAGUGCAGAAAUAUGAUCCAGAUAAAGAUGAAUGGCAUAAGGUUUUUGAUCUCCCAGAGUCCCUGGGUGGCAUCCGAGCUUGCACACUCACAGUUUUUCCACCUGAAGAAACCACACCAUCACCUUCUAGAGAGUCCCCUCUUUCUGCACCUUAAGAUCGUCCCUACAACUAAGAUGCUGUAGUCCUAUCUUUGCAACGUGUCAUGGAUUCUCUUCUUUCGCCCCCCCCCCUUAAGUAGUGUAUGUUAGGAUUAGCCUCCAGUAAUUGAUACAAAUAUUGGAAAAAAGACGACAUUGAUGUUCUUUGUGCUGUUUGUUUGGCUCUGAGUGUUU